GGAGGAAGUAUAUAGAGGGGGGCAGCACACAGCAGGCAGUCCAUCUCUCUUGCAGCCUCCUGACUGACAAGCCUCCUGAGAAUCCAGCUGUGAACCUCUGCCCUAGAGAUGGCUCUCCCUUCUCUGCCCAGCAUCUGCCUCCUGGCUCUGGCUGCAGCUUUGUGCGUCUUCCAAGCCGAAGGUACUAUGUGCAUCUGUGUGUGUGUGUGAGAGAGAGACAAUGUGGUGGUGGGGAGAGAGAGAAAGGGACUUAGUUUCUGGAGAGAUGUUGUGAUGCUUAAGCAGGCAUUAGCCCCUGCCUGCAAUUUCAGGGGAGUGUGCUGCUGGCAUUGCAGGGCUUAUGUGGUUGCAAGAGAAGUCCCAGCCCAGAGCUCAUUUCUUUCCUUGCAAGCAACAGAUGCUUCUCUUCCUCCUCCCUUCCAGCGGCUGCUCCUGGACUGCAGGCAUCUUUUAUGCUUCCUCUAGUAGGUUCUGUAUUUUGUUAAACGGCAGUUUCCAAGUGCAAAUGCUUCUUACCGUUAAAGACAUUUGCUCAGCAAACCUGUCACAGCUGCCUAUUGUACACUCAGCUGGGGGCAGCCCGGAUUUAUCUACCUAGAAUAGCUGGAAUCUGCAACUCGGAAACUUGAGGGAAAUUGGUUUGGCUACCCUGAUUUUACAAAAUACAUUCUGCCCUUAUUGCUGCUUUGCAUUAUUUAAUUCUGGGUUAAUUAAAUUUGGCGGAGGAUCCAGGGUUAAUUGUAUUAUUUAAUUUUGGGAGAAGAUUCUGGGCUUAUUUAAUUACCAUAUUUCAUAGGCUCGUAGAACUGUGAAGUUGGGAGGGAUGCAAAGGGCAAUCUAAGGACCUGCAAUUUUCUUUUAAAAUGCAAAGCGAACAAGCUUUGAUUCUCAGGGAACUGAAUUCUGUGUCCAGCACCACAUUCGGAACUCUUUCUGUGUUCCUGCAAAAGCCUCCCUGUGCCUAUUUUACAGAUGAAGGAACUGAGGCCAAGAGCCCACUAGCCCUAGAAACCCACAUGGUUUAAAAGCUGAGUUGGGGCAAGUUGACCUGUCAGCUCCAGGUCUAUUGAGCAGCAAGUCAUGACAAGUUACUAACACAGUUAAUAGUAAAGGUAAAGGGACCCCUGACCAUUAGUUGUGGACGACUCUGGGGUUGCAGCGCUCAUCUCGCUUUAAUGGCCGAGGGAGCCGGCGUACAGCUUCCGGGUCAUGUGGCCAGCAUGACUAAGCCGCUUCUGGCGAACCAGAGCAGCGCACGGAAAUGCUGUUUACCUUCCCGCCAGAGCGGUACCUAUUUAUCUACUUGCACUUUGACGUGCUUUCAAACUGUUAAGCUGGCAGGAGCAGGGACCGAGCAACAGGAGCUCACCCCGUCGCGGGGAUUUGAAGUGCCAACCUUCUGAUCGGCAAGCCCUAGGCUCUGUGGUUUAACCCACAGCGCCACCUGCGUCCCUCAACACAGUUAAUAGAACCACAGAAAAAUAGAAUUGUAGAGUUGACCGAGCCCCAAAGGGUCCUCUAGUCCAACCCCAUGCAAUGCAUUCAAAACAAUCUACCAGCUUUCACAUACACCUGAGUGUAGUUGGGCUUCAGAAGAGCACACAAAUGUGCCCCCCUCACCCAAAGUUCCCUCUCUUUUCUUAUCCAGGAAGACUGAACACCGUGCAGGACUGCUGCUCUCGAUUCAGCAACAAGCCUCUCCCUGUUAAUAUGGCCCACCGUAUACAGUCUUACGAGAACCAGGGGCCACAUAUGGGCUGCACUCUCCAGGCCAUUGCGUGAGUACCUGGCAAAUUGGGGAGGGGGUUUCUGGGAAUGCAGAGACCACCCUGUGCUCCAGAUAAUGGUCACCCCCAUCCUAUAUUCAAAGCACUCAGCUUCCUCCUAAGACUCAGAUGAGCUGUAGUUCACCCCCUACAGAACUGCAAUUCCCCACACCCCCAGCAAACUACAGUUCCCAGAAUUCUUGCCCGGGGGGUGUCUACUUUAAAUGUGCUUUAAACUCCCUUGGGCUCUCCAGUCACACAUCCAUGUAGGUAUCCCCCAAGUUAGGAUCCAGGGGAAGGCAGUGUGGUGUAGUGGUUAGAGUGUUGGAUUGAGCAGGGUUCAAAUACCUGCUCGGCCAUGAAGCUCACUAUGAGCCAAUCACACUGCCUCUUGAGCUAACCUAACUCCCAGGGAUGUUGUGGGGAUUCAGUGAGGACUUGGAGAGGUCCGGGUUCAAAUCCCCACUUGGCCAUGAAGCUGAAGGGAUGACCUUUAGGACAGUCCCUGCCUCUCAGUCUAGCCUACCUACCUCACAGGGUUUUCUGUGGGGGAUUAAAGGAGGAGAGGGAGGACCUAGAGCUCCUUGGAGAAAAAGUUGGGAUAUAAAUACGAGAAAUAAACAAUAAUAAAUAAAUACUGAGGGGGUUGAGUAGUUGAAUGAAAUGUAGCAGCACUUAAACUUUGGAACUCCCCGCCUAUUGAUACCAGAAAGUCGCCUUCGCAGCACUCUUAAAAACAUUGUUGUUUCAGCAAGUCCACCCAGAUAUUUAGAAAAUUGGUGCAAGUUUUAAUUUGAUUUUGGACUGUUGUUAUUUUAACUUUUCAAAUGUCUCAAAACCUUGUUGUUAAUUUUUCUUCCUGAUAAUUUUCUUGUUUUAUCUUUUUUGUAAACUGCUUUGGGGGUUGCUGUUUUACAGUCAAGUGGCGUGUGCAUUUUACGGAAUGAAGUACCAUAAAACCUGGUUCCCUGGACAAGGCUGUUUGUCUUGGGGACGGUGUCUUCUGUUAAGGGGGCAGUGCAGGUUGCAGAGUGUGUGUGUGUGGGGGCUGAUUAAGACCUCCCCCCCCACCAUCCUCAUCCUUUUCCAUUCUCCUUUCCCGGCUCAGGCUGCUCACCAAAAAGGGGCGCUGGCUGUGCUUCCGUUCGGAUGAUGCGAACGCUCUGCAGAUUGUGAAGAUCCUGAACUCGAGGAGGAACCGCAAGCAGCAAAACUCCCAAAGAGUGUAGGAGGCAGGCAUGGUGAGGAUCUGUGGUGACACAAUGGGGGGAGGACAGAGGGGAGGCUGGAAUGAAGCCCUAGAACUCAUGGGCAGGCCACGAAGCUGGAAGAUUCAGGACAGAUCAAAGAAAGUCCUUCUUCACGCAGUGCAUAGUUAACCUGUGGAACUCCCUGCCACAAGAGGCAGCGAGGGCCACCAAGUUGGAUGGCUUUAAAAGAGGAUGAGACAAAUUCAUGGAGGAUGAAAAGGCUAUUGAUAACUACUACCUUUGUGACUUAGGGCAAUGUAUCGACAGGACCGCCUCUCCUGGUCUGCCCCGCAGAGGACCUUAAGGUCUAUGACUAACCAUAGUUUAGAGGUCCUAGGCCCUAAGGAAGUCAGACUAUCCUCACCAGGGCCAGGGCCUUCUCAGUGAUGGCUCCGACCUGGUGGAAUGUUCUGUCCCAUGAGACCAGGGCUCUGCAGGAUUUAACCUCCUUCCAUCAGGCCUGUAAGACAGAGCUGUUCCGCCUGGCCUUUAAUUUGAAUUCAGCCUGAUCUUUUAUUCCCCUUCCUUCCCUCCCUCUCCCCUUUUAUGAAGAUUACCUGCUUUGAGACCCCACAGCUAAUUCUCCCCUGGCCUCCUCGCUGGUACAAGUAGGACCAAUUCAGCCAGCUAGCCCUGGGGAUUAUCUAAUUGAUUAUUGAAUUUUAUUGUUAUUCAUGUUUUUAUACUGUAUUUGAUGCUGCUUUUAUAAUUAAGUGUUUUAAAGUGUUUUAAAUUUGUUGUUAGCCGCCCUGAGCCUGGUUUUUGAACCAGGAAGGGUGGAGUAUAAAUAUUAUUAUUAUUAUUAUUAUUAUUAUUAUUAUUAUUACCCAGGAUGGCUCUGCUUUGCCUCCACAGCUGGAGGGAGCAAGGCUUCUGAAUACCAGUUGGAGGGGAGAGGGGGUGCUCUUGAGCUCAGAUCCUGAUUGCAGAUUUCCCAGAGGGAUUUGGUCAGCCAGCGUGAGAUGGGAAUGCUGGACUAGAUGCACCAUUGGCCUGAUCCAGCGCAGGCUCUUCUUGUGGUCUUUUUCUGAUCCGGCAGUCAGGCUCCUGUGUCCUUCUAUGUUUUCCUUUUUCCUGCUUCAUUUGAUCUCUCCAACCAACCGCUCUCCUUUUCUCCUCCAGGAGAACACGCCAUCACUGCCUCACGGACUGGAAUUACGAAGGAAAUCCCUCUGCCGCGAACAUGGACAAAGAGAUUGGCCUCUGUGCUUACCUUCUUCUCUGCAAAUGUGGACCUGGGGGUGGGUGGGACGGGACCCCUUUAAAUCCUCUUUCUCAGUUAAUCUAGCCUCUUGUUUCUUCCUUGAAAAGCGCCUCCCACUUCUCUGUUUGGUAGAUUAGACUGAAAAUGUCAGCGCCUGAAUUUCCAGGGUGGAGAACAUGGAGCCCAUGGCAGCUAUUCAUUCAACCCUUGCAAAUAGAGAGAUUCUGAGCCCCUGACUAGCAAGCACCCAUGAAAGGGGCCCUUAGUCUGGGUUUAGUCCUGCUGCAUUGCAGCGGGUUGGACUAAAUGGCCUUUUGGGUCCCCCCCCAACUCUACAAUUCUUUGAUUCUAUGUCUCUGAUGCCAGGCCCCAUCCCUGAAUCAUGUGAAUGAAUGAAAUGGACACAUCUCAGGACAUGCUCAGCUGUGGAUUUCCCUAACCCCAGAGCAAACACAGCAUAAGCCUUGCACAUCUGGCCAAGGCUUUCUGUCCUUCUUCAACAAUUGUAUUAAAAUAAUAAUGAUGAUAAGCUAAACACUGGGUACUUCCUUCACGAUGGCAGCUUCCCGUUUCCCCACAAUGAUGGGGCCUCGAAGGCCAUGGGACUGAGCAUUUCUGGCAAGCAAGCAUUGGGAAAGCCUUGGAUGAAUUCGUCGGAUGACUGAAUCUAGUUUGUUGGGGGAAAGAGGGAGAGAGAGAAAUCGGUCACCACUCCUCAUAUAAUAGGCGAUGGUUGUGGGCAUUUAGGAAUGGGAAAGCUGGCACUCGUGUGGCCAUGCUCCCAUCUUUGCAAUGUCAUAAGCGAAGCAUGUAAUCUGGUAUAUAAGCCUGUCUCCUUCUGCUCUGUGUAACGGUCCCCACUGUUUUAUACUGCAGUUUGCUUGAUUAAAAACAUUUUACUUCUUA